UUUACCUAAAAAUUUAACAGCUGGAAUCAUUGAGAGGUGUACAGCUGAAGAGAUCAACUGCAAAGAAUUUCAUCAGAUGUUAAAUGAUAGUGCUUUUAAAAAUUCUUUUAUACGUUUAGAUUAA